CGCAUCCCGUCCUUACGCACUCGUCCUGUGUGUCCGUCCUCCCACCACCACCGCACGCUCCGCGCUUUCGCUUUCUCCCGUCUUCCCAAGCCUUCGCUUCGCUUCGCUUCUCGCUGCGGAUCCCCUCUCUGUUUCUAGCCAUGGCCGGGAGAGGUAAGGCGAUCGGCUCGGGCGCCGCCAAGAAGGCCAUGUCCAGGAGCUCCAAGGCCGGGCUCCAGUUCCCUGUCGGAAGGAUCGCCAGGUUCCUCAAGGCCGGCAAGUACGCCGAGAGGGUCGGCGCCGGCGCCCCGGUCUACCUCGCUGCCGUGCUCGAGUAUCUCGCUGCUGAGGUUCUCGAGCUGGCCGGGAACGCGGCUCGUGACAACAAGAAGACCCGCAUCGUUCCGCGCCACAUCCAGCUCGCCGUCCGCAACGACGAGGAGCUCUCCCGCCUGCUGGGCACGGUGACCAUCGCUAGCGGCGGUGUCAUGCCCAACAUCCAUAACCUGCUGCUCCCCAAGAAGUCCGGCGGCGGUAGCGCCAAGGCUGCUGCUGGUGAUGAGGACUAGAUCCCUGACCACGCCUUUCUUCCGGUGGUGGCACUUCCUGUGGGUGCGGCCGUAUCAACUUGUGCUUGUGUAGUAGUACGUUCUAGACUUGCCUUAGGUGUUGUGUUGGGGGAUGUGUUCCUGUGUACCGCUGCUAAACUAGGUUACUCUUGUGCUUGCUAAGGAUUAGUUCUGUAUUUGUUGCUAUAAACGGUGCAUCCUUUGGAUGACUGGUUGAUCAAACCUGGUAUUCCAAUUUACAGUUUGUGUUGGAUGGGUUCAAAUUUUUGGUCA